AAUCAGAGAGGACCUGGAGGAGCCGUGGGGGCGGGCAGAGGGAGCUCGGAGGCCGAGUCUCCCACUUUGUACAGCGCAGACCGCAGGAUGGGGGGAUGGGGAGGGGUGGCACGACGUGGUUUGGGGAGGCGGUGAAGACCAGGCAGAGACAAGCCUCAUCUCUCCUCCCUCCUCUCCUCCCUCCUCCCCCGCCGCCUGACCGGAAGUAUGUGAUCCCGGAAGUUCCGGUGCCAUUGCUGUGUGGGAUAAACAGUAAUGGCGGAGGCUGCAGCUCCCGGAACAACAGCCACAACAUCAGGAGCGGCAGCGGCGGCGGCGGUGGCAGCGGCCUCCCCCACCCUCACCCCCACAGUCGCUUCCCAGUCCCCGGCGGCGGGAGGAGGCGGGGGAGGCAGCGGCGGUGGCUGGACCAAACAGGUCACCUGCAGGUAUUUCAUGCAUGGGGUUUGCAAGGAAGGAAACAACUGCCGCUACUCCCAUGACCUCUCCACUAGUCAGUCUGCUAUGGUGUGCAGAUAUUAUCAGCGAGGGUGCUGUGCUUAUGGAGACCGCUGCAGAUAUGAACAUACCAAGCCAUUGAAACGAGAAGAAGUGACUGCUGCCAAUCUAGCUGCAAAACCCGACCCGCUAGCCUCUUCGAGCCUCCCAACACUGGUUGAACCACUUGCUGAAGCCAGUACUGGUGAAGCUGAAUCAGAAAAUUCAAAUUUUGCAGCUGCAGGAGCAGGUGGGGAAGACUGGGCAAACGCCAUUGAGUUUGUUCCUGGGCAGCCCUACUGUGGACGUGCAGCCCCUUCCUGCACUGAAGCACCUCUGCAGGGCAUGGUGAUUGAGGAAGAAUUAGAAAAACAGCAAACCAAUGUAGAAAUGAAGAAGCAGCUUUGCCCCUACGCAGCAGUAGGAGAAUGCCGUUAUGGGGAAAAUUGUGUUUACCUUCAUGGGGAUGCCUGUGACAUGUGUGGUUUGCAGGUUUUGCACCCAGUGGAUGCUGCCCAGAGAUCACAGCAUAUAAAAUCUUGCAUUGAGGCUCAUGAGAAGGACAUGGAACUCUCAUUUGCCGUCCAGCGCAGUAAGGACAUGGUGUGUGGGAUCUGCAUGGAGGUAGUCUAUGAAAAAGCCAACCCUAGUGAGCGCCGCUUUGGGAUUCUCUCCAACUGCAACCACACCUACUGUCUAAAGUGCAUCCGCAAAUGGAGAAGUGCUAAGCAGUUUGAGAGCAAGAUUAUAAAGUCCUGCCCAGAAUGCCGCAUCACAUCGAACUUUGUCAUUCCAAGUGAGUACUGGGUGGAGGAAAAAGAAGAGAAGCAGAAACUCAUCCAGAAGUACAAGGAAGCAAUGAGCAACAAACCAUGCAGGUAUUUCGAUGAAGGACGUGGUAGCUGCCCAUUUGGAGGGAACUGUUUUUACAAGCAUGCGUACCCUGAUGGCCGUAGAGAGGAGCCUCAGAGACAAAAAGUGGGAACAUCAAACCGAUACCGGGCCCAAAGAAGGAACCGCUUCUGGGAGCUUAUUGAGGAGAGGGAGAGCAGCAACCCCUUUGAUAAUGAUGAAGAUGAGGUUGUAACCUUUGAGCUGGGCGAGAUGUUGCUUAUGCUUUUGGCAGCAGGUGGGGACGACGACCUGACGGACUCUGAAGACGAGUGGGACUUGUUUCAUGAUGAGCUGGAAGAUUAUUACGACUUGGAUCUAUAGCACCUUUCAUUGGAGUUUGGACUUGUCUGCUCAGCCUCAGACAGUAGCUAUUUCCUGUGGUGUUGUGGCAGUGCCUGUGUUUCUCUCCUAGGCAGGCCUAUCAAUUCCAGGUGCUGUUGUAAUAAUUUUUACCCCCAGGGUCUGUCUCCCUUUCCUUCCCAACUCCCUGCCUUCUUCCCCCAGGAGUGUGUUGUUUUCUCUGUUAAAAAAAAUAACAAGAAAUAAAUCUUAAAGUUAGUUUUUGUAAAAUGAGUUUAACUGUCAGACAGUUAGCUUAGGGUUUGUUGCAUCAUCUCUGUUUUCAACGGGAUUCACACAGUUCCAGGUUAGUGUUUACAGAACUUCCACACUCAUUAUGAAGAGCCCAGAUACAAACAUGAGCAAUGGCCAUUCUGGGGGAGGGAGGGUAGGGGGAGACAGGAAUAGGGGCGUGGGAUAGGGGAAGGAAUCUAAAUUGGCCAACUAGUCUUUUGUCACUACCUGACAUAAGAAUGGUUACUUCAGAUUUCUGGUCAGAUCUCUACAUUUGGCUGUUUUCAGCUCUGUUCCCCACCCUGUAAUUCCACCACACGCACUUGUUCAAUUGUGGUUUUGGUCUCUUGUUUACUUGCACAUAACUUACUACUGGGUAACCAGAACCAGGUGCGAAUGUGUUCAGGUUUUAGUGUGUUUAGCAUGAAAGGAAAACUGUUUGUAUGUGAAAGGAGAGAAGUUUAUUAUCAAAUAAAUUGCAGAAUUAGGUCUCAAGGGCUGGGAGACUUGGGUGGCUCUGGGUGUGGUUGUGUGUGUAUGUGUGUGUAUGUGUGUGAAAGCAAGCUUUCAUCCCUAUAUUGGUGUAUUUCAUCCUGGUAUAGGUGCAUGAAAUCUAGCCUCCAGUCAGAUGGGAAAAUUGGUUUAGUGGUCUCAGCCCAGUCUGUGGCAGAUACUGAUCCUAAAGGACACAGAGGUAACUUGAUAUUUGGUAGUCACAAACAUAGCAGUGCUCGCUCUCUCUGUCUAUAUAAAUAGAGAAGUGGGGUUAGCCCUAGAGUGGCACCAUCUGGUUAUCCAGAAUAACAGCACAGUUUGGGACUCAGUCACAUGGCUCACUUUAUUUAGUAUUGUAUACAAUCUUGAGCCUCUCCAACUAUAAGGCACUUUGGGAAAAAUCUUUGUUCUUGUUUGAGAGGUUUGGGGAUUUUUUUUGUUGGUUUUUUUUUUUGGUGGGUAUUUGCCUUGUUCCACCCCUAAGCUGUGCAGGUAGCAUAGUAUGACUCAACAUCAGUUUGCAGUACUAAGCCUUCAUUAAGGGGACUAAUCCAUGAGAAGAGCUCAAGUAAGUUGUUACCAGAUUCCUUAAGGAGGAAUUUUAGCUUUGUAAUUCAUUGCUCUUUUUCUUGAAAUAAUUCAUGGAGGCCCCAUGAUCUGUCCACCUACUGCUCUGGUUCCUUGGACCCACCCAUCCUUUCACUUUAAGAUAAAACAAGUAAUUGUUGCAGAGGUCUCUGUAUUUUGCAGCUGCCUUUUUGUAAGAAGCACUUUUCCCAAAUAAACAACAGAAAAAAAAAUAAACAAGUAGUCUGUUUUUUCUUUAAUGAAUCAGUUUGAAGUGUAUACCCAAUUGUUCCCUUAUUGCCAUUUAGUCUUUGAUCCCUCAUCAAUUAAUCAUAUUCCUGUUGAUGUGGUUUCAUUGAGAAAAAUGCCACCUUUCCCAAUUUAUUUGGCCUUCUGAGAAAAGUAUAUGAAAUAUAAAUAGAGAGAACGAAAACGCUUUUAAGAAGCCUGCCGGCUGAGACCACCAAACUAUUCCAGGUUGAAAAGAGUUGCAAGAUGAUCACUGUAAGUAGAGGCCGUGUCCCUUUGGAGAACAAGGCCGAGGCCACAGCGGCUCCUUGCCAAAGGGUAUUACCCAUCUUACGCUAGCGUGUGCUUGUGGCAUGAGCAUGGUUCACGUCCUUGGCUAACUUGCAGGUGGGUCACCAACCACAUGCUGUACUUCCACAAUGUAUUUUCUGGUAGAUCACCCCUUUUGCUUUAUGCUCCUCUGUAUAUGCAUAUAUUCUAUUUUAAUAAAAUAAACUCCAUUCCCGCGUUCCUUCACUCAUGGAAGGAAUUCAGGUAA